ACAAGCAUGAAUCCAAGUGUUUGGAGCAACGGUAUGUAUUCCUCCAGCGGCAUUUGCCUUGACGGCUGCACUGCAGAGCACCUCUCCUCUUUUCAACCAGACCCCUUGCUGUCAGAUUCAGGUGUGCCAGGUGAUUCUGUGUUCGUACACAGAGACAGCAAGGACAUAAAAAUGCUACCGGAGAGUGCUUAUUACAGCAGCAGUGAUGCUGCUUCAAGUUUGAUCUGUUCCAGUCAGCUUGAGCUCAAUCCAACUAGAAACAGCACCGCUGGACAUUUACCCACGAGAAGGCACCAAUCUCCUGCAUCUAGUUCUUGUGGCCACUAUGACUGGAACUUAAACAGUGGCCAUCAAGCAAAGCGUGCCAGAGUAGAAAAUAUAAUCAAAGGCAUGACCAGCUCUCCAGGUAUGCACUGCACUGAUGUGAUGACAAAUCUGCAUGAGGUGUCAGACGGCAUGCAGGAAAAUGAAAGGAUUCAAGAUCAGGAGCACAUGGAAAGAAGUGGAUCUGACAGUCAGACAACACGAAAGCAGCAGGAGAGUCAGCAUCAGCACCUCAGACAGCUCAGAACAAAGUUCAAACGUGUGGAUGGAGUAACUGACAUUACAGACAGUAAGGACAAAAAGAAUCCCACCUGGAAUGAUUCUUCUGAAACAUCUCCCAGGGACGCAUUGAUAGAUUCACACAGUGAGUUUGAGAGCAGCUCAAGUAUAAAAUAUCAAGGAUGGAAGAAGGGAAAACCGACUGACUACUUCCAAUCCAAAUCUGAAAGAAUAAAGCUGAUAGCAGAUGUUUUGAAGUACGAACUGUCCAGAGCUGUCACUAGAAGUGUUGACUCUAUUUUUAAAAGCAUGCCACUUCUACAGACAAAUGACGAGAUGAAUGUAGAGACUGAUAUGCCUCUUUAUUCAUCAGUUGGUAAAGAUGAUAAAUUAAGAGUUUCCUGCUGUGGGAAUGCAGAGGUGCAAGUCCCAGAUGUUCAAACCGAAGCUCUGUCUCUGGUUGUACAAAAGCCUCAACUGGAAGGAGAUGAUAAGUUCAUCCUCCAGUCCAGAUCAAGAGCUCACCAUUGUCCCAGACCUCCAGCCCCCUUCGGUCGGGACUCCGCUCUGCAUGAAGAUCAGCCGUCAGAAAAGAAUCACAGCACCGCCCUUCAACAUGCCCUCAGAUUCUUGCACAAUGGAGGCUCUGAAGUUGGUCAAGCAAAGUUUGAGGCGUUUGACACUGAUUGGAAUUCGGUCAAAGUGAGAUCGAAGAUCAACUCCAGAUGUGUCAGAAGCCCACAGACUCCCACUGUGUCGGUGGAUCCCAUGCUGUUGGAAAGCCUGUCUCUCCCUCAUGUCAAGAUUGAGUCUGAUUUCCUGGUGAAGAAUUACAUGUACAUGCUGAAUGAGGGUCUGACCACACAUCAUCUGAAGAAAGCAAAGCUCAUGUUCUUUUACACUCGCUACCCGAGCUCACUGAUACUGAAGAUGUGUUUCCAUGAUGUGCAGUUCACGCGCUGCAUCACCUCUCAGCUCAUCAAGUGGUUCAGUAACUUCAGGGAGUUUUACUACAUCCAGAUGGAGAAGUUUGCCCGGAACGCUCUUCUAGAAGGAGUGGCCGACGUGAGGGGUCUGACUGUGGGGAGAGAAUCAGACCUUUUCAAAGCUCUCAACAUGCACUACAACAAAGCCAACGACUUCCAGGUCCCUGACAGAUUCUUGGAGGUUGCCAAGAUUACAUUGAGAGAAUUUUACAUUGCCAUUUCAAUGGGCAAAGAUCGUGAUCCAUCGUGGAAGAAAGCAAUCUACAAGGUGAUAUGUAAACUGGACAGUGAUGUACCAGCUGAGUUCAAAAGUCAUCACUCUGGAUGAGAACCAACUAGAAGAUAUCAUGUGCCACAGUGGUUACUGUCACAAUGUGGACUUACUUGUACCUCAAUUAGCAAACUAUUUGGUUUUUAAUGAAGAGCAUGCUAUAGGUGAGUUAUGUACAUGACUGGACGUGUCCAGUCUCCACACAUACAGUAUAGCAGACUGAUGUCUGACAUUAUCAAAGGCUUUACUGGCUGUUUUUGUUGCAUUAUGAGGUCAUUGGACAUAAUCUGCAUUUUGCUAUAAUAACCAUAUUAUAUAGUAAUAACACAUUUUGUAUUGUAUUGAUUGUGAAACUGUUUUAUUGGUGCAACACCAAACACUUUGUUUUUUGAGAAGCAUUCUUUUUUUCACAAAAUAAGGUCCACACCAUAUGAGAAAAAAAUAUUUAAUAUUCAGCAGAGCUCAUUAUUUUCAUUCUGUAUGUAUGUACAGGCUAUUUAAAAUGGAAAUUACUUAAUAAGUGUAUAUGUCUAUUAUGUCUCUAACCUGCCCGCCCCUUACAAACUCUGUUCUUAAAACAGCAGUGUUUCUGUAAGUAUGGAAGACAGCUUGAGACUAUCCAUGAGAGAUCCAUACUUACCAUAAAAAUCCAUCCAUCCACUUUCUAAAUGACACAUGGUGGCUGGCUGUCCGCGGGCUAAUCAAACAUGGUCUUCAUCAGAGGUUCUGAGUGUUUGGUCAUAAUUGAUGAUCCUUGUUUUGUCUUCAGUUAGUUCUGUAACAGCGUUGAUCAUCCAGAUGAAAAUUUCUCAUGGGUGAAAAUUGUGUACUCUUUGUUCACAAAGGUGCAAGGUUUGUAAAUGUAAAAUGUAUCUUAAACACUGAAUACACCUGCUUAGAUAUUAACCAUGAUAAUCACACUCAGUUGGCUCCUUUAAAUACCGAUAUGCAGUGUGCACAUAGGCAUUAGAAAACUGAACAGCAACACAACUACACUUCUGUGUGAUAUUUACUUAUUAAUGACUUUGCUGUCAACAAUGAAUGACAACAAGGGUCAAACAGGCAAACUCUAGUACAUAUUAAAGCUUGGGUAGGCAGUUUUCUGGAAAAGCCAAAGCACACGCCAGAACUUGAAAAUACAGCCAUCCUCCUGCAGCUCUCCCCUCUGUGCUAAGCCACUCCCACCAGACAAGCAUGUCCAUAUACACGCGCUUCAUACCUGUACGAGUACCAGUCAGUCAUUUCAGUCAUCCCGAUCAUGAUUGUGAUCCCGGUGCCGUUAUAAAGCGCUAAUUCUACGCAAAUUACUGUUUUGUUUGCAAACCUGUGGGCCUGUAAAGCCAUUUGAGAUAAAACACUGUGAUACAAGUUCAUUUUAUAAUUAAAACGUGUGUCAAUAUCGGCGAAGCGUUACAGAGAUGGAGAGAAAAUGUUGCUAACCGUUUAGCCUCAUGCUAACCCUAGCCAUAAGGUUUAGUCGCAGCCGUGAGCCUUUGGCUACGGUAAGAAGAAGGCUAAACUAUUGGAGAGAUGGAGAGAAAAUGUUGCUAAUAGUUUAGCUUUCUGCUAAGCGUAGCAGUGAGCUUCUGUAAAUAAGCGGACAAUUGGUUUGAGGUUCAUCACUUCCCAGUACGAUCUUUAAAAUCGCCCUUAUUUAAAUCAUUGGGCCCUAUCUUGCACCCAGCACAGCGCAAAGCAAAGUCCGACGCAAGCGUCUUUGAUAGUUUAAGACCGACGCAGUUGUCAGUUUCCUGUCCAGCGGCCACAUCGUUUAAAUAGCAAAUGCACCUGCGCCCAUCUUUGCACCCAUGGGCGUGCUGGUCUUACAGGGAGGUGUGUUCAGGUGAAUUCUUGUCAUAUUGCUAUUUUGAGGCAGCGGGAAGUGAUCGUGCCAUUGACUUUUUUGGCUUCAUGCGCCACUGAGCAAUUUUCAUAUACACUGUGUGCAGUUCUCCGUCCAAGACGUGCACAUGCAUCUGCAGAACAGCCAACCUGUGAUUGGCCUAAGUCUCCCGUCACGGGCUAGAUUUUCUAAAGCCUGAAAACAGCCAAGAGGAAGACGUUUUCCCUCAGUCCACUUGAAUUACAAUAUGCUAUAAGGUUAUUAUAGAUUAGACAGAUGCACAAUGACACGUAAAGAAAACUGCCUAGCCCAGCUUUAAGUGUGCCACUGUAUCAAAACAUUAUUGAACAAAGCAGUAAGAGCAGACAUUUUGUAUAAACAUCCAUCUUUUUUCACUUGUAGAUUGUCCACAUACAUUUGCAGCCAGUUGUCAGAUUGUUUCAAAGUUUAACUGACUUGUGAGACAGAUAAACAAAAAGCACUAAACUUGCAUUGUUCUUUCUUGCUUAAAUUAACAUUAUGGUUAAUUGUGGGCUUUGAUAAUGUGCAUUAGUGAUCAUAUAUAGUAACAAUCAGCUGAAUGUGGUACAGUUCAAAUGUUAUCUUGACUUUGUAUGUAAAAAUGUGUUCAAAAAAUGUAAGUU